ACAAUGUCAUCAUCAACAAAAUAUUAAUUUUGAUUAUUUUACUCGGCUGUAUAGUGGAGGGAAGGUAUCUUUCCCCGUGCAUUACGAAAUGCAUUGCGUCAAUUUUAACCAUAUCAGGAAGAAACAAACAUCAAAGGCAAUAAUGAAAUUUCCGGCCAAAGCCUGGUUUUUUAUAUUAGAAUCUCAUCUUAAAUACCCACUAGUAAUAUCCAACAAGCUGAAAGCAACUGCUGAAGCCCCUUUUAUCGAUCGCUAAAGAAACAGAGAGCCAGAAAUGGGAUAUUCCGAUGAUGAAUUUGAUGUAAUUGUAGUUGGAGCGGGCGUCAUGGGGAGCUCAACGGCGUACCAACUAGCCAAAAGAGGGCAGAAAACCUUGCUUCUAGAGCAGUUCGAUUUUCUGCAUCACCGGGGUUCUUCUCAUGGCGAGUCCCGCACCAUACGAGCAACAUACACCAAGGACUACUACCAUGGCUUGGUCAGUGAGUCCUAUCAGAUGUGGGAGCAGACCCAGUCCGAGAUUGGCUUCAGGGUCUACUUCAAGGCCCAACAGUUCGUCAUGGGCCCAGCCAAUGCCAAGAGCCUUCUCUCUGUCAUCGCCAAUUGUCAGAAGCAUGCCACGCCACAUCAGGUCCUCAACCGCCAGCAAGUGACGGAAAGAUUUUCCGGGAGGAUUGACAUACCGGAGGAGUGGAUUGGAGUGUGUUGCGAGCAUGGUGGUGUUAUAAAGCCCACCAAGGCAGUGUCAAUGUUCCAAAUGCUAGCGUUUAAGAAUGGUGCGGUCCUCAGAGACAACGUGGAAGUGAAUAAAAUAAUCAGAGAUGGAGUGAGAGGCGGGGUAAUAGUGAGUGUAAGCAAUGGUGAAAAGUUUUGGGCUAAAAAAUGUGUGGUGACCGCAGGGCCUUGGAUGAGAAAGUUAGUUAAAACAGUUAGUGGGAUUGAACUGCCCAUUCAACCUUUGGAAACCAGUGUGUGUUAUUGGAGGAUUAAGGAUGGUCAUGAGGGUAAGUAUGCAAUUGGAAGUGAUUUUCCAACAUUCUCUAGCUACGGGAAGCCACAUAUAUAUGGCACACCAUCGUUGGAGUUCCCGGGGCUGAUUAAAAUUGCAGUGGAUGAGGGUUAUCCGUGUGACCCGGAUAAAAGGCCAUGGGGACCUGGAGUCAAUCCGAGCUCCUUGAACCAAUGGAUUGAGGAGACAUUUAGAGGGUUGAUUGAUUCAAGUGGACCUGCUUCAACUCAAUUGUGCGUGUACUCGAUGACCCCGGACGAAGAUUUUGUGAUUGAUUUGGGAGGGGAGUUUGGGAAGGAUGUUGUGAUUGGUGGUGGGUUUUCUGGUCAUGGCUUCAAGAUGUCUCCGGCGAUUGGGAGGAUACUGGCUGAUCUGGUGCUUACUGGACAGGCAAAAGGAGUUGAGCUACAGCACUUUAGGAUAGCAAGAUUUGAGGAGAAUCCCAGAGGGAACAUUAAAGACUCGGAAGAUCAAGUUGGGCCAUCAACAAGUGUACUCUGACACAACCAAAACCAAUUUCUACUGAUUGUGUGUUCAUUUUCCAAAUCUUCCUUCUUUCGAAUAAAAAGGACAAACCCUACACAAGGCUUUCCGCUUUGCGAGGUUGGCGUGAGAGUCCAUAAAAAAAAUGAAUAAAAACUUUUACUUUGCGUUUUGAUCUGUAGCCGGUCUAUGUUGCGUGCAGCAUUAGUAAUAUCUCUGUCUCAGCCUCGUCUAAUUUAUGAAUCAGCUUUUCAUCAGUUCAGCACAAAUACCAACUCCCUAGUCCCCGCUCAAAUGCUUCAUUUUCCACCCUUUUUAUCUUCAGCAAACAUACAGAAUAUGUAGCAUAGCGGAGUUUUUGCAUGUUGAAAAGUUGUACGACACAAGUUCAAGUUAGACUAUCUUCGAUUUGACGAACACCACAAAAACACUAAAGAUUCAAAGGAGAACUUCAGGAUUAAGCCAACAAAACAGAGAAAGAGAAGAGAAGAAAAAGUGGUGGGGGGAGAGAGAGAGAGAGAGAGAGGAGUGGAAAAUAAGGUUAGAAAGGCACAAAAUUUAACUCAAAUCUGCUGCAAAUGUACAAUAUAGAACACCAUUCAAUUCAAAAUGCAGCAUUCCUGUUUGUGUAUAACUAACAAACUUUUGCUUGUAGACAUCUUUUAACUACAGUAAGCAUCAUACAACCUUUGGCUGGUUCAAAGUGAACAAUCCUCAAUCUAUGU